GUGUCGACGACGAUGCUGCCGCACUACGACUCGCCCCUGCCGACGCUGUACGAGCCGCAGCCGCAGCCGCCGAAGCCACGACUCAUGUUCAAGAUGCCCCGAGUCGUCCCCGACCAGAAGUCCAAGUUCGAGUCGGACGAACUCUUCCGCCGACUCGCCAGGGAGACAGAGCAGGUCCGCUACACCGGCCACCGCGACCGGCCGUCGGAAGAGCGGCGCCAGAAAUUCCAGAACCAGUGCCGAGAUGGAUACACAGAAAUUGCCUUCGUCAGCUCGGGGACCAAUCUGCAACUGUCCUUCACCCCAACGCAGGGCGGUUACUCACCGGACCUCGAUUUCAACAAGGAUCCCGGCAAGGUGCACAUCAAGUCCCACUUCAUCAUGAACGGCGUGUGCGUGAGGUGGCGCGGCUGCCUGGACCUCGAACGGCUGGACGGCGUCGGCUGCCUCGAGUUUGACGAAGACGCGGCCCGGCUGGAGGACGCCAUCUUGAGGGACGAGCUGGAGAAGUACAAGGCCAAGCUGCGUGAGUUCGAGGACAAGCAGAGACCCUUCAAGCCUUUUGCAGCUGCUUCCACGGCCAAAUAAAGACGAAAGGAAGAAGAAUAAACAAGGAGAAUAAAGAGAGAAAAUUAAUAAUAAGAGAAGGAGACGAAGAAGGGAGGAAGAAGCAGAAGAAAAGAAUGAUAGGAGGAAUAUGUCUUUA